AUGUUUGAAAAACGUAAGUCGUUGUGCGUGGGAUUUGGACAUUUGAUUUGCAAUUUCUCUGUUUUAGCUAAAAUAGCACGCAUAAAAUGAGGAAUUUUUGAGUUCGAGAAUUUUCGAUGACUUUGAGCAUUUGAAAAUUAUGAAUAUGGAGAAAUAUUGGGUUUAGUUAUUUUAAUAGAAAGUAAAAUAGUUCUGAUGUGCUCUAUAUAA